AAACAAUCAGCUUAAAAAUGGCUACAAGAAGACUCAUAAAUUACUUGUCCAGUAAGGAAAUACGAGAUUGGCUUAUGAGCACCCAUUUUUGGGGGCCUGUUGCAACUUGGUCAAUUCCUAUAGCUGCUAUUGCCGACACUCAAAAAGACGUUAAUUUGAUCAGUGGAAAAAUGACAUUUGCUUUAUUAAUGUACUCUUCCAUAUUCAUGAGAUUCGCAUGGAAAGUGAAUCCACGUAACCUGCUUCUCCUAUCUUGCCAUUUUACUAACACAUGUGCACAACUUACCCAGGGGACAAGAUAUUUGAAUAAUAAGUAUGGCAAAAAAAAUAUUUAAGUAAUGUUUGUCAAUU